UCGUCGUCGUCGUCGUGGUCUUGCCGGGUGCGGGGCCCGCGCCGCCAUGUCCUCCGUCUCCUGCCGCUGCUGCUGCUCCUGCCCGCCGGCGCCGAGGGCCAGGCCGGCCCCAGCUCCGGCCCGCACGCCGCGGGGCCCCCGGACUGGCCCCCCGCCGGUCCCGGGCCCAGCUUCAGCCUCUACCUGAGCGAGGAGGAGGUGCGCCGGCUGAUCGGUCUUGAUGCAGAGUUGUCUUAUGUGAGGAAUGAUGUGGUUAAUCACUAUGCGUUGUCCUUCAAUCUCUUAAUACCCAGCGAGACCAACAAUCUUCACUUCAGCUGGCAUGCUAAAUCCAAGGUUGAGUAUAAACUGGGAUUUCAGGUAGAUAAUCCCAUGGCUAUGGCUAUGCCCCAGGCCAACAUUUCUCUACAAGGAGAAGUUCCUCGCACCCUUUCAGUGUUUCGUGUUGAACUCUCCUGCGCUGGCAGACUCGACUCUGAGGUCACAAUACUAAUGCAGCUCAACUUGACAAUAAAUUCAUCAAAAAACAUCACAGUUUUGAAUUUCAAACGAAGGAAAAUGUGCUACAAAAAGCUUGAACCAGAAGUAAAAUCUCCAACAUCUGAUAAAAACAGCAGCAAGGCUCUCUUUGAUCCUGUAAAUGCAGCUCCCACCACUUCUACUCGUGUGUUUUAUAUCAGUGUUGGCGUGUGCUGUGCUGUUAUAUUCCUGGUGGCAAUAAUAUUAGCUGUCUUGCAUCUCCACAGCAUGAAAAGGAUAGAGUUGGAUGAUAGCAUUAGUGACAGCAGUAGCUCACAAGGUUUGUCCCAACCUUCCACACAGACGACACAGUACUUGCGAGCUGACACGCCAAACAAUGCAACGCCAGUAACCAGCUCCUCAGGUUAUCCUACAUUACGGAUAGAGAAGAAUGAUCUUAAAAGUGUCACUCUAAUGGAAGCAAAAGCUAAAGUGAAGGAUAUAGCCAUCUCCAGGGAGAGGAUAACUCUAAAAGAUGUGCUUCAAGAAGGCACAUUUGGACGUAUUUUCCAUGGGAUUCUAAUAGAAGAAAAAGACCCCAGUAAAGAGAAACAAGUUUUUGUCAAAACUGUUAAAGAUCAAGCCUCAGAGGUACAGGUGACAAUGAUGCUGACUGAAAGCUGUAAACUCAGAGGACUUCACCACAGGAAUCUGCUACCUAUCACUCAUGUCUGUAUAGAAGAGGGAGAGAAACCAAUGGUGCUGCUGCCAUACAUGAACUGGGGGAACCUUAAACUAUUCUUACGACAGUGCAAGCUGGUAGAGGCCAACAAUCCUCAGGCAAUUUCCCAGCAGGACCUUGUACAUAUGGCUAUUCAGAUAGCCUGUGGAAUGAGUUAUUUGGCCAGACGGGAGGUCAUUCACAAAGACCUGGCUGCUAGAAACUGUGUCAUUGACGAUGCACUUCAGGUUAAGAUUACAGACAAUGCAUUGUCUCGAGACCUAUUUCCUAUGGACUACCAUUGCCUGGGAGAUAAUGAAAACAGACCAGUUCGAUGGAUGGCUCUUGAAAGCCUGGUUAACAAUGAAUUUUCCAGUGCUAGCGAUGUGUGGGCCUUUGGAGUAACCCUGUGGGAGCUGAUGACUUUAGGACAGACUCCAUAUGUUGAUAUCGACCCCUUUGAGAUGGCUGCUUAUUUAAAGGAUGGCUAUAGAAUAGCUCAGCCAAUCAACUGCCCUGAUGAACUGUUUGCUGUGAUGGCCUGCUGUUGGGCCCUGGAUCCUGAAGAAAGACCCAAGUUUCAGCAGCUGGUGCAAUGUCUAACUGAAUUUCAUGCAGCAUUGGGAGCCUACGUCUGAAACUGCGGAAGAAGAUUCACUUCACUGGUUGGGAAAAGGCAUGGCAUACAUUGCAGCUCCGUGCAUCACUCGGACUCACACACGUGAUGUGUAUAAAGCAACACCAAAGGGAGAAAGCACUUCUUCCAAAACACUGUGCCUUAGAAUGCCUUAGUAGUCUGAAGUUUUUUGUAAGACCUCUUCGUGUUGAAUAUUUUCUAGAUAUCACUUUUGCUAAGUUAAAUUGAGACCUUUUUAUUUGCCAUCAGGAUUUUUAAAGUGUAGUGAUAGUGAACUUAAACACAAGAUUUGGAUGGACUUUGCACUCUUACAACAGAUGUGAUUUUUUUGAAGGGUUUAUGGAACUGGUAGUAAAGUAAGGAUCGGGGAAAUUAAUGCAAAAGCCACACUGCAGAAAACUUUCCCUGCUUUUUAAAAAAUGUUGAAACUGAAUCUUUCUGACCAGCUCUAGUGUUUGUUCUUGUAUGUAUCUGGAUAGCUUUUUAGUAUCAACUUCUAUUUUGAGACAACAGCACAUUGUGGUUGGAUCCACAAGCAGCAUCUUACUUUUUUAACCCACUCAUGAAUGUUUUUUGGAAAAGCUGGUCUUCAGGAUACAAUAUCUCCUUUUUAAAGCAGUAAGUGAUUAUGUAAAAGUGAUUCCAGUUUACCUCAUACAGAGAGUAGUGAAGGUGGGGUGAAAAUGGUGCCCCUCCUUGCAGAUAAAAGGCUGAUGUGAUUUUUAAGAUGGUUUUAUGUGCUAAAUAGAGGCCUUCAGAGAAGCGCCAAAGCAGCCCUUGUGUGGGAGUCUUUCACCUCAGACUUCCAGAUCGCAGUUUCUCUUGUUCAAAAAGGUACUGCUUGUUUUUUAUGGGCUUUUAUGGCCUGAAAUGGGCUUAAAUAUAUAAAUAUAUAUUUGUAAAGACACUUGCAGAGUAAAGAAUGUUUUUCUAUUACAUCUAAUGUGAAAGCUUGGUCCCUCACAUUGCCCUGUGUAUUGAAUGUACAAGUUGGUGGCGGUUGUUGGGCUGGAGUUGGCAUGAAGACAAAGUGGAUUGCCUCCCUUGCUGCAGAACUAGUCCCUGAGACUUAAUAUAUUGUCCUGCUCCCUUCUUUAACCCAAAUACCCAUUCCACCCCAGGUUAUUUUGAGUUGAACAUUACUUAAGAGGCCUGAAUAAGGUAUUUCAAGAAAAUGUGUGGUGAUCUAUCAAUUCAGCCUCAGUAACUUUCAUAUUCUAUAUAUAGCAAAGUUAUUUGUAGAAUAACUUUUAUUUCUCCAAUUGAUCUGUAGGUUGCAUCCUCUGCGUGGUGGCACCAUGAAGCAGGUUGCACUUCAGCACAAUGUGAAACAUGAAAAAUU